GUCAGUAGUACUUGUUUCCAGUGGAAGUUAAUUUUUAACGUAACCUUUCAUAAGAUCUUUACGAACUAAACGGGAGUACAAUAUUUAAAUUCAAUUCAAAAAUUUCCAUGUGCUAGAAACAGUGCAGUGCAGUGUUAGAAACUGAAUUGAAAUUAAUUUUGAUGUUCCUUCAAUGUUCGUAUUGAGUUAUCGAACGCUUUCGUAAAUAAAAAAAAUUGUUGUGCGACUGCUGUGUGCGAAGGCGAGAGUGGAGCCAAUAGCGAUGACUAUCCCUCGUCUCGAGCUCAGCUUAGCAUUGCUCGGGGCUCGACUGUCAGCAAAGGUAAUUAAAUCUGUUUCGCUUAUUGACGUGACAACGUCUUAUAAUUCGAUGGAGCCGGCUGCACGCACGAAAAAACAUGACUCAUGCGGCGUUACCUCGCUCUGAGGCGUUCCAUUUAAAGCUUGAAGUGCAAGCGAGAGCGCGCAACGAGCGACAAAGAGGCACAAUCGGCCUCCGCGUUCAGCAGCGUUCGACAUCUAUCUCUCUCCUACUUGAGUGAGCGAUGCAUCCGCGUGGACAGCUGCUAUACAAUAAUACAUUUACAUGUUUUCGUCAAGUAUGAAGUUCAGUGAAAAGUGAAUGUGGUGUCAAUUGUCCAUACAAAAUAGCUAUCAAACAAAUAAAAUUAAAAUUUUGUUUUGAAAAAUGAAAUUUCAUUCCAUCAGUAUUUUCUUAUGACGUUGUCACGUUCAACUAUCGUCAGUAAGCCGACUUUACAGACAACCGAUCUUUUUAUUACUAGGAAGAUCACGUGGACUGAUUCAACCAUCGUGUUGGGCUGGAUAAAGGGCUCAACCGAAGGUACUGAAAACCUUUGUUGCCAAUCGAGUCUUUGAGGUCAAUGAACUCACAUAGGGCUUUUCAUGGAGGCACGUUCCCACUGAUCUCAACCCUGCAGAUCUUGCUUCUAGAGGAGUGGACCUACAGCGUCUGCAGGCUGAGCCCUUGUGGUGGGAAGGACCUUCUUUUCUCAGGAAGGACUCGUCUGGCUGGCCUCUGCAGCCUAACGCCACUACAGUUGAUUUGCCUGAACUGAAAGUUCACAAAACACUAGAUAACUUAGCUGAAUCGAAUAAAGCUCCUUUCAUUGAUUUUUCUAAGUUAUCGAAUUUUAAUUUUUUAACACGUACAGCUCCGUACGUUUUGCGUUUUAUUUACAACUGUAAAAAUAAAAAGGAAAUUAGAUUAGUAGGGAAUUUACAAGUGGAGGAACUAAAUAUAUAAAUAAAAAAACUCUCACUAAGCUAUUCCAAAGUGAAUCAUUUGAAAUGGAGCUUUGCACAUAGAGUGAGUCUGGAUGUCCAACGAGGUAACGUAGCCAGUAUCUUGGGAACUAUGCCUCCUUCAAGGGCAUUGGAAGAUUUGGUCUACUGUGUUAGUUGAUUUAUGUUAAAUUAUUUUGAUUUGUUAUAUUAUAAAAUUAUAAAUAAGUGCAAUAAAGUAUGUAUCUCCAAUGGAGCUACAAUCGCUUUCUAAUUAUAAUUCAUUGAAUUAUAUUAUAUAGGAAUGGAAAAAUCUAAAUUUAGUUAUAAUAAAAAACAUCCAUCAUUUUAGCGCGCCCAGUAAGCGAGCGCACAGCGCCGCCCGGCCCGCCAGAACCAACCGAACUACGACGGCGAAUGCGCAUGCACGCGCCUCGAUCCAUUUUCAUACAAAUUUUAAUUCGAAUUAACAAAAACCGUUGCAAAGUAAUAAAAGUUGUUUAAAUUUAAAGUUAAUUGUUUAAUUAACACAUACAAAUUGAACAGCAAUCGCGCUCAGACAUGCCGUUAAAAUUAUUGAUUUUAAUCGUUGCGAUGUUGAUGUGUUGGAAAGUAGAAAGUGCUAGAAUUUUAGCUGUCGUCCCUACACCUUCGAUCAGCCAUCAAGUUGUGUUUCGACCUGUUACUCAAGAGCUGGCCAGAAGAGGACACCAAGUCACUGUCAUCACAACUGACCCUGCGUUCCCAAAAGGUCAAACUCCGGACAAUUUGACAGAAAUCGAUCUUCACGAUUUGUCAUACGGCCUUUGGUCGAGAAUGUUCUUGAACAUUACUCCGACUAUUUCUAAAGUUGGUGCUUAUGAAAUGAUGAAAUCAGCCUACGAGUCGUUCAACGUGAUAUUCGAAAAUCAAAUGAAUAGUGAUGAGGUACAAAAAAUACUAAACGAUAGGAGGAAGGUAUUCGAUUUGCUGAUUGUCGAAGCGUGUGUAAGACCAGCUCUAGUGCUCUCUUAUAAAUACAAAGUUCCAUUAAUAUUAUUCAGCUCGUUUGGCACUGUCCAUGGUUCUUUAGAAGCUGUUACAGGACCGUUCCAUGCCUUCUUGAAUCCGGGCCAAAUGCAAAGGAGAGUUCACAAAUUGACCACGUGGGAGAAAAUUAAAGAGAUUUGGGUACAAUAUAAGUUCCAGAGAGUUUUAAAGGAAUUAGAAGAGCCUGAGACGGAAAUGGGAAGAAAGCUAUUCGGUCCUGAGGUACCGCACAUAACCGAGUUGAUGAAUAACGUGGAUCUGUUGUUUUUAAACGUUCACGCUUCGUGGGACAACAAUAGAUCGGUACCACCGAGUUUAAUAUAUUUGGGAGGUUUACCCCAAAAACCAGGCAAGGAGCUACCAAAGACCCUCAAAUCCUAUAUGGACUCAUCACGAAAAGGUAUCAUUUACAUCAGUUUUGGUACGAACGUUUUGACCUCUCUGUUGCCCAAGGACAAAGUGAACGUUCUGUUUAGAGCAAUCUCAGUUUUACCACACAACGUUAUUUUGAAGUGGGACGCGGACAAAAUGCCCGGACUUCCCGAGAACGUUUUAAUGGGAAAAUGGUUCCCGCAAUCCGAUUUAUUAAAGCAUCGAAAUGUUAAAUUAUUCAUAACCCAGGGAGGUCUCCAAUCGACCGAUGAAUCCAUAACAGCUGGAGUGCCGCUAAUAGGCAUACCGAUGAUAGGAGACCAGUGGUACAACGUUGAACAGUAUGUCAAGUUUGGCAUCGGCGUGGGCUUAGACCUGGAGUCCUUGACUAAGGCGGACCUGCUAGAAGCGAUUCACAAAGUCAUUGGUGAUGAAAGCUACCGUCAAAACAUAGCUUGUCUCCGGCGCCAGAUGUACGACCAGCCCCAGAGCUCGUUGGAGCGCGCCGUGUGGUGGACUGAGUACGUGCUGCGUCACGGAGGAGCCAAGCAUCUCCGUUCGCCAGCAGCCAAUAUGAGCUUGACCCAAUACUUGGAGCUAGACCUAUUAUCCCUAUUAUUACUUCUAGUCUGUAUCAUCCUAUUUGUAAUCGGUUUAACAGUUUACAACAUUGGGAACUUUUUAAGGAUUACACAAAAAAAUAAAAUAAAAAGAUAUUGAACAAU